AUGUUUCCAGACACCGUCCAUGUGCCCGACAGAGAAUGUCAGGAAGAGCCCGUUGCUGGGGGCUCUCCUCCUGCCCGGCACCCCCUCUCUGCUCGCUCAGGAGCUCUGCGAGCCGAGCCCAUCCCUGCCUGCCAAGAGGAGCCCUGGGUCAUAGCAGGACGCGGGCAUGCCCUUUCCCCCAAGCGGGCCUGCCGUGUGGCGCUCCGAGGAGCUGCAGCAGCUGUGGGCCCGGACCUCCCAGGCCAGGGACUCCAGGGCAGGUGGGCAGCCACUCCCCAAAGAGGAGACUUUGCUCCCGUCUCGGAGUUCUUGGUCUUCACUCUUGCCUUCCUGUCCUGUGCUCCCAAACAGACACCCUCCCGCUGCUCCGGGCUUCCCUUUCGGUCUCAUUUGCCACCGUACUCACGGGUCCAGACCAGCCCAGAGGCGCCUGUUCCUGGCAGUCUGGUGGAGCUGCUCCGAUGCCCGGGCUGUCGGGUGGAGGGCUGCCGCUGUCCCCCGAGGCUGUUCACGUUGGCCAGCGAUGACUCUGAGACGGUGGCCGGAACUGGGCAUCGGCGUGUGGAGCAGGGGACAGAGGAUGGGGACAGCCCCAGUCCUCAAAGGCACCUGGACAGGGAGAAGGCGCCCAUCCACUGGCUGACGUCUCAGGAGAGCGAGACAGCGCCCCUUGUCCAGGUCUCCUGGCGACUGUGCGGGCAAGGGCCGUGGCAGUGGACCGGAGACCAGGCCAUCUGCUGCAGGUCACCGAAGAGCUCAGGGCAUCAGGGCACCAUCCGAAUCUUACCAUCAGUCGCAACGGCCAGCCAUGUUACCAGCAAGAGAGAACCUCGCUCCAUGAAUUCCCGUGUAGUCACUGGGCAUCUCAACACUCUUGUGGUCACAAAGUCUGAUGUGGAAGCAAUCUUCUCGAAGUCUGGCGAAAUCGUGGGUCGCUCUGUUCAUAAGGGCUUUGCCUUCGUUCAGUAUGUUCAUGAGAGGAAUGCCCGGGCUGCUGUGGCAGGAGAGGCUGGCAGGAUGAUUGCUGGCCAGGUUUUAGACAUUAAUCUGGCUGCAGAGCCAAAAGGGAACCGAGGAAAAGCAGGGGUGAGACGAGCUGCAGCGGAGAUGUACGGGUCAGUACCAGAACACCCUUCUCCGUGCCCUCUGCUCAGCUCCUCUUUUGAUUUGGACUAUGCCUUUCAACGCGAUUAUUGUAACAGGAUGCACAGUUACCCAGCACGUGUUCCACCGCCACCUCCUAUUGCUCGUGCUGUAGUGCCCUCGAACCAGCGUGUGUCGGGAAACACUUCACGGAGGGGCAAAAGCUUCAAUUCUAAGAGGGGACAACGAGGAUCGUCAUCCAGGUCUGGAAAGUUGAAAGGAGAUGACCAGAUAAAACAAAAAGUGGAUUCUCUUCUGGAAAACCUGGAAAAAAUCGAAAAGGAGCAGAACACAGAGGUGAAGAAUGAUAAGUCAGAAGAGGAGCAGAGCAGCAGCUCCCAGAAGAAAGAUGAGACUAAUGUGAAGAUGGAGUCUGAGGGGGGUGCAGAUGACUCUGCUGAGGAGGGGGACCUACUGGAUGAUGAUGAUAAUGAAGAUCGGGGGGAUGACCAGCUGGAGUUGAUCAAGGAUGAUGAAAAAGAGGCUGAGGAAGGAGAGGAUGACUCUUAAGCACAGCUGGGGUUUAGAAAUCUUACCCAUUAUUUCUUAACCUAGGCACUUGUCUAAGAUCAAAAUUUCCCCCAGAUCCUCUCCCUGGUGUCUUCAGCACAUGCUCCCUGUCCUCCCCAUCUUUGUCCUUCCCACGUUCAUUAAUUCAUACUGCCCUGCGCCUGGUCCCAUCUCACUUCUUUAGAUGCUCCUAGUAGUUUUGUUAAGUCUUACCCUGUAAUUUUGCUUUUAAUUUUGAUACCUCUUUAUGACUUAACAAUAAAAAGGAUGUAUGAUUUUUAUCAACUGUCUCCAAAAUAAUCUCUUGUUACGCAGGGAGUACAGUUC